AUGAGUGGUAUUAAACGUACUUUUGUUGCUGAAGAAUGUUCAGCAACAACAAAUGAUAAUAAUUCAUCAUUAACAGAUAAUAAUAUUCAAUCAUCCAGUCCAAGUGAUUCUCCACAAUCAAAAAAACUUCGACGUUCAUCAUCACAUCAGACGACAGAAUCUGAAAAUGAUGAUGAACCUCAAGAAGAUCAAUAUGAACAAGAAAAUGGCAUAACAAAUGGUCAUUCACCAGUUCAAUCAGAAAGAUCCGAAGAGGAGGAAGAAGAUGAUGAAGAUGAAGAUGAUGACGAUGAUGAUGAAGCAACUGAAGCUGAACCAGAAUGUUUUUCAGAUGAUUCAAUUGUUCAUGUCAGUUUUGAUAGUGGAAAAGAUGAUAUAUUUCGUUAUGAUGGUUCGAUUCGUUUUCAUAUUAUUGCACCAUCACGACCACAAUCUGGACAAUUAACAAGUGAUCAAUCAAUAAUACGUACAUUUAUAUGGACUUUAUUAGCAUUUUCAAAACCAAAUUAUGAUAGUUGUCAUAAUGAUGGUGGAACAUUUAGUCUUUUUCUUAAAUGUGAACCUGAAAAACUUUCACCGGGUUGGUCGAUAUUUGCUAAAGCUGAAUUAACUCUUUUACAUGCAAUUGAUUCAAAUAAAAAUUUUGUGAAAAAAAUCAAUCAUUUAUUUAAUGCACGUUCAAUUGAUUGGGGUUUUCAUCAAUUUAAAUCAUUAAAAGAAAUCUAUAGUGAAUUUAUUCAUUGGCCAGAUAAUACAAUUCGAAUUGAAGCAAAAAUUCAUGCUGAUGCUCCACGUAAUGUUGAAUGGGAUUCAAAAGGACAAACUGGUUUUGUUGGUUUGAGAAAUAUUGGUGCAACUUGUUAUAUGAAUUCAUUUUUACAAACAAUCUAUUUUACAAAAAAACUACGGCGGGCUGUAUAUGCUUUGCCAACCGAUAGUGAUGAUCAAUUACAUAGCAUUCCACUUGCUUUACAAAAACUUUUUUAUGAUCUUCAAUUCACUGAUCGACCAGUCAGUACAAAAAAGUUGACACGUUCAUUUGGAUGGGACAAACCAGAUGAAUUUUGUCAACAUGAUAUUCAAGAAUUUUGUCGAGUGUUACUUGAUAAAUUAGAAUCAAAAAUGGAAGGUACAACUAUGGAAGGUGUUAUUCCAUCGCUUUUUCAAGGUCAAUAUGUGCAAUAUGUUCGAUGUACAAAAGUUGAUCAUGAAUCUCGUGUAAAACAAACAUUUUAUGAUGUUCCAUUACAAGUACGAAAUAAUGCUAAUAUUACGGAAAGUUUUCGAGAUUUUUGUAAAAGUGAAAUUUUAACAGGUGAAAAUUUAUAUGAUGCUGGUAAUAUUCAUGGUUUACAGGAAGCAGAAAAAGGUGUUAAAUUUCAAAAGUUUCCACCUGUACUAUGUCUUCAUUUAUUACGUUUUGAAUAUGAUUAUAAUUUAUCUCAACAUCGAAAAAUAAAUGAUAGUUAUUCAUUUGAUUAUCAUCUUGAUUUAAGUGAAUUUCUUGAAAAUCCUGAUUGUUCAUCAUGUUCAUAUAAAUUAUUAUCAAUAUUAGUACAUAGUGGAGAUAAUUCAAGUGGUCAUUAUGUUUCAUUUAUUAAUCCAGCAUUAGAUGGACAAUGGUUUAAAUUUGAUGAUGAUGUUGUUGCACGAGUAGCAGCAAGUGAUGCUAUGGAAAGAAAUUUUGGUGGUACACAAGAUGAUGAUGGUAGUAUGUAUAAUACAUCAGCUUAUAUGCUUGUUUAUAUACGUGAAGAUUGUCAAAAAGAUGUUUUAUGUGAUAUUAAUCAAGAAGAUAUUCCUCAAAAUUUAAUAGCAAGAUUUGAUUAUGAUAAAAAAUAUCUUUUAAAACGUCGUCAAGAUAUGAUGGAUAAUGAUGGUUUUGUUGAUAUACAAAUUAUAUUAACAGAUGAUUUUCAUAUUCAACAAACAAUUUGUUUAACUGAUCUGAUUUGUGAAAAUCCUGUUGAAUUAUUACAAAAUAAACGUUGUUUACGAUAUAUACAAGCUCAGCAUGGAGAAAUAUUUCGUGUAUUUGCCAGACGCUUAGCAUAUGCAUUGGGAGUAAAUCUUGAUGAAGAUAUUCGAAUAUGGAUUGUUCAUACACAUGAAAUUCAUGUUAAUCAUCAUUAUCAUUCUCAAUCUCUUCUUACAUCUGCACUUGUUUUUUGUGAUGAUUAUGAUAAAAAGAUAAUCGAUCUAUUUGAAUAUGAUAUAUCAGAUCGUCGUACUUUAUCAAUAUUUGUUGAACAAAAAAUCUUUCUUAAUGGUAUUUAUCAAUUAUUAGCAUUUGAUAAAGAUGAUGACCUUUUAAUUUUUGUUCGUUUUUAUAAUUCUCGAUAUGAAUCUCUUUUGCAUUAUGGCCAUUUUCUAUUUUCUCAACAACAAUCAUUUCAAAAAUGUUUAAAUGAUAUAGCACUUCAAAUAAAAGUCUCUAUAUCACCUUCAACAACAUUUAUUGUUCAUCAAGCUGUACCUACACAUAAUCAAACACAUCAAUAUGAAUUAAUAAAAGCUUCAACUUAUGAUUUAUCAUUAAAUCAAGUACUUGAUCCAUGUUUAUCUGGUGUAUCAAUAAUAAUACAAAUAAUUGAUAUUAAUCAAACGAAUGAUGAUUAUCCAUUAACAACAGCAGAAGAUUAUUUUCGAAAUAUUGAAAAUCGUCAAGAAUUUGAUGUUUGUAAUCGUGAUAGUUUACGAAAUGAAUGUCUAUUUAAAUUAUAUCUUCCAAUGAAAACAACAGUUAAAGAAGUUAUUCGAUUAAUUUCUGAACGAAUUGAAUAUUCACAACAACAAAUUAUUUUACAAAAACCAUCAACUUCAACAUCAAUAUCAAAUAAUAUAUCUUCUAUCAAUUCAUUACAUAUAUCAUGUGAUCAAACAUUAAGAGAUCUUUAUUCAAAUACACGUGGUUCUGUUUCAUCUCCACGAAAACUCUAUUUUAGACGAUUACCUUUUAAUUAUACGGAACUUGAACAUCGUCGUCCGAUUCGUAUAUUUUUUACUAAUCCAACAAAAAAAGAUGAACAACGUGAAGUACAACUUUAUGUUAAAAAAUCUUCGACUGUUGCUGAAUUUCUUGAUGAAGUUAAACAAUGGAUACCUAGUGUUUGUUCAGAGAAUGGUAGUCAACAAUUAAGAUUAAUUGAAGUAACAUUGUCAAGUCAAAUAAAUUCUCUUCCAUUUCAUCUUCAUAUAUGGUCAAGUCGUUCAUGUAUGGAUGAACUUGAAAAUUGUUCAAAUCGAUAUUAUCAUUUAGAAGAAAUAUCUAAUGAUGAAAUUGAUCUUGAAAAAGAUAGUGAAUUGAUACCUGUUGCACAUUAUACUAAAGAAAAUAUUAUUCAAAUAAAUAUUCAAAAGUUUUUUCCAUUUCUACUUAAAGUGAUACAUAAUGAAUCAUUUGGUGAUGUUAAACAACGAUUACAAACAAAAAUGGGUCUUGUUAAUAGAGAAUUCGAAAAAUAUCGGUUUUCAAUAUUUAAUGGUAGUAAAGUAAUAUCACGAUGUGAUGAUAAUAUGGGAAAGAUUAAUGUAAAUGAAUUGAAAUUAGUACAAAGUAUAUGCUGGCUUGGUUUAGAAUUACCAUCGAUAUCAAAUCCACGCAAGACUCGAAAAUCACUUUUUUCAGAAAAACCGAUUCGAAUAAACUAG